UCAGAAGUUACUUUCCCUUUGUUCCCGUUGUGAAGCAGAAGUUUUCCUCCUCGCUAAACUGUUGUAUUAGGGAUGCAAGCACCAGAGACCCGAACCUGGUUCUGGACCGGAAGAUGGUCCUGGACCUGGAUCCAGCUGUGAGUCCAUGGAAGAGUGACUGGUCUAUGGAUCCCCCUCUUACCUUUAAAUCUGGCCUUCCUGCAGAUGGAAGGAAGAGACCUGGACCUAAACGUAAAUCUAGACCUAGACCAGAACCUGGACCUGGAUCCAGCUGUGAGUCCAUGAAGAGUGACUGGUCCAUGGAUCCCCCUCUUACCUUUAAAUCUGGCCUUCCUGCAGAUGGAAGGAUCCAGCAGCAGAGUCCUGAACCCAGCUGUGUGUCCAUGAAGAGUGACUUUUCUAUGGAGUCUCCUAUGAACUUUAAAGCUGGACAAAGUGCUGAUGAAAGAGUUCAGCAGGAGUUCUCAGAGGUUCCCAGUGAUCAGUCUGCCCCGAAGCAUCACACUGACCAGGACUCCAUAUUUAUGCUGCUGGAGGAGAACAUCGUCACUUUUGCGAAGAACGAGCUGAAGAAGAUCCAGAAGGCUCUGAGUUCAGAUUACCCAGAAUACUUAGAGAGUCAGAGGGAGAAUGAGGAAGUGUUGGACGGUGAGGAUGAAGAGCAGAGGAGGAGCAGCAGAGAGGCAUUUCUGAACAUCACACUGCACUUCCUGAGGAGCAUGAAGCAGGAGGAGCUGGCUGACCGUCUGCAGAGCAAAAAUCCUGUUGCAGAGUGCCAGCGUGAACUUAAAUCCAUCCUGAAGGAGAGGUUCCAGUGUGUGUUUGAGGGCAUUGCUAAAGCAGGAAACCAAACCCUUCUGAACCAGAUCUACACAGAGCUCUUCAUCACAGAGGGGGGGUCUGCAGGGGUCAAUGAUGAACAUGAGGUCGGACAGAUUGAAACAGCAUCCAGGAAACCAGACAGACCAGAAACAACCAUCAGACGAGAAGACCUCUUUAAAGCCUCACCUGGAAGAGAUGCACCAAUCAGAGCAGUGAUGACAAAGGGCGUGGCUGGCAUUGGGAAAACAGUCUUAACACAGAAGUUCACUCUGGACUGGGCUGAAGGCAAAGCCAACCAGGACUUCCAGUUCAUAUUUCCAUUACCUUUCAGAGAGUUGAAUGUGAUGAAAGAGAACAAGUACAGCUUGGUGGAACUUGUUCAUCACUUCUUCUCUGAAACCAGAGACGCAGGAAUCUGCAGGUUUGAUCAGUUCCCGGUUGUGUUCAUCUUUGACGGUCUGGAUGAGUGCGACUUCCUCAACAAUGAGAUCCUGACUGAUGUCAGAAAGUCCACCUCAGUGGAUGUGCUGCUGACAAACCUCAUCAGGGGGAAGCUGCUUCCCUCUGCUCGCCUCUGGAUAACCACACGACCUGCAGCAGCCAAUCAGAUCCCUCCUGAGUGUGUGGACAUGGUGACAGAGAUCAGAGGGUUCACUGACCCACAGAAGGAGGAGUACUUCAGGAAGAGAUUUAGAAAGAAGGAGCAGGCCCGCACCAUCAUCUCCCACAUCAAGACCUCCCGAAGCCUCCACAUCAUGUGCCACAUCCCACUCUUCUGCUGGAUCUCUGCUACAGUUCUGGAGGACAUGUUGAAAACCAGAGAGGGAGGAUAUCUGCCCAAUACCCUGACUGAGAUGUACAUCCACUUCCUGGUGGUUCAGUCCAAAGUGAAGAACAUCAAGUAUGAUGGAGGAGCUGAGACAGAUCAACACUGGAGUCCAGAGAGCAGGAAGAUGAUGGAGUCUCUGGGGAAACUGGCUUUUGAGCAGCUGCAGAAAGGCAACCUGAUCUUCUAUGAGUCCGACCUGACAGAGUGUGGCAUCGAUAUCAGAGCAGCCUCAGUGUACUCAGGAGUGUUCACACAGGUCUUUAGAGAGGAGAGAGGACUGUACCAGAAGGACAAGGUGUUCUGCUUCGUCCAUCUGAGCAUUCAGGAGUUUCUGGCUGCUCUUCAUGUCCAUCUGACCUUCAUCAACUCUGGAGUCAACCUGCUGUCAGAAGAACCAACAACCUCCCAGGAGUCUGAAGUCAAACCUGAACUAACACAUCUCUACCAGAGUGCUGUGGACCAGGCCUUACAGAGUCCAAACGGACACCUGGACCUGUUCCUCCGCUUCCUCCUGGGUCUUUCACUGCAGACCAAUCAGCAUAUCCUACAAGGCCUGCUGACAGAGACAGGAAGUAGCUAUCAGACUUAUAAUGAAACAGGCUGGUACAUCCAGAAGAAGAUGGAUAAGGAUCUGUCUGCAGAGAGAUGCAUCAACCUGUUCCACUGUCUGAAUGAACUGAAAGAUCGUUCUCUAGUGCAUCAGAUCCAAGAGCACCUGAGUUCAGGACGUCUCUCUGAAGAGAAUCUCUCUCCUGCUGAGUGGUCAGCUCUGGCCUUCAUCUUACUGUCAUCAGGAGAAGAUCUGGACGUGUUUGACCUGAAGAAAUACUCUGAUUCCGAAGAGGCUCUUCUGAGGCUGCUGCCAGUGGUCAAAGCCUCCAACAAAGCUCUACUGAGUGGCUGUAACCUGUCAGAGAGAAGCUGUGAAGCUCUGUCCUCAGUCCUCAGCUCCCAGUCCUCUAGUCUGAGAGAGCUGGACCUGAGUAACAACAACCUGCAGGAUUCAGGAGUGAAGCUGCUCUCUUCUGGACUGCAGAGUCCACACUGUGCACUGGAGACUCUCAGUCUGUCAGGCUGUAUGGUCACAGAGGAAGGCUGUGUUUCUCUGGCUUCAGCUCUCAGCUCCAACCCCUCCCAUCUGAGAGAGCUGGACCUGAGUAACAACGACCUGCAGGAUUCAGGAGUGAAGCUGCUCUCUUCUGGACUGCAGAGUCCACACUGUGAACUGGAAAGUCUCAGUCUCUCAGGCUGUAUGGUCACAGAGAAAGGCUGUGUUUCUCUGGCUUCAGCUCUGAGAUCCAACCCCUCCCAUCUGAGAGAGCUGGACCUGAGCUACAAUCAUCCAGGAGACUCAGGAGAGAAGCUGCUUUCUGCUGGACUGGAGGAUCCACUCUGGAGACUGGAGACACUCAGGAUGGACCAUGGUGGACCUCAGUGGUUGAAACCUGGUCUGAGGAAGUAUGCCUGUGAACUGGAGCUGGACACAGACACAGCACACGUGAAACUCAAACUGUCUGAAGACAACAGGACGGUGACAGCUGUGGAGGAGAAGCAGCCAUAUCCUCGUCAUCCAGGGAGGUUUGAUCAGAAUCUUCAGCUGAUGUGUAGAGAAGCUCUGACUGGUCGCUGUUACUGGGAGGUCGAGUGGACAGGAAACGUUUAUACAUCAGUGACUUACGGAGGAAACAACAGUGGUGAAUACGAAGAUAACUAUAGGUUUGGAGAGAAUGAUUGGUCCUGGAGUGUGAACUGCUAUGGUGAUAAAGACAGAAGACCCCCCUCUGGUAGAGUAGCAGUGUAUCUGGAUCAUCCUGCUGGCUCUCUCUCCUUCUACAGAGUCUCCUCUGACACACUGAUCCUCCUCCACACCGUCAGAACCACAUUCCAUGAACCUGUCUAUGCUGGGUUUGGGUUUGGGUUUAAGUCGUGGUUUGAUCAGUAUCCGUUCAAGUCUGAUGGUUCUUCUUCACUGUCUCUGUGUCCUCUGAAGGGCUGAGAGUCUCUCCUGUGGACAGAAACUGACUGCAGAUCAGCUGCUGAAGUCAGUUCAGUGUGUUCACCAUCGCACACACACACACACACACACACACACACACACACACACACACACACACACACACACACACACACACACGUCUCUCACAACGUCUAAUAAUAUGAAACACAAUUGUUGGUAAUUUCUUCAAUGUUUGGAUUAUACUGCAAUGUAAUGAGACUGUCCCAUAUCUUCUUACGUUUCUAAAUACUUUCAAUAAAAUAUUUUCUUUUCAUUCAG